AAUCUAUUUGCGCAGACUUAUAUAGACGCCCGGAUUAUUGGAUAUUGUUAAAGAUUAUUUUGAGAGCGAGAAGUGAUCGGUUAUAUGUACCUAGUCCCUUCCUCCGGUAUUCAUACACCCACCACUCACAAAAUGGCCUCCCGCGCCCAAGCCCGCUUCCGCAAAACCUUCCAAUACCCCGACUCCGACGACGAUGACACCCCCGAAGCACUAGAUGAAGAAGAACAAUCCCACCUAAUCCACACCCUCCGCGCCUCCGCCACAGCCACAAACACCCUCUACACCCGCCUCUUCACCACCUUCCCCCUCCUCCUCACCCUCGCCUACCUCCCUCCCCUCUCCAGCGCUCGGGGCGCCCUCCCUCUCAUCGCCCUAACCUCGCUGCUCGCUAGCGCGUGGGUGAUGUAUGCUUUCCCUGUUGGACGGACUGGGUGGCCAUGGGUUGAUGAGUGGGCUGCGGGGUCUGGCUCUGGGGUAACAAAGGGUGGUAAGGAUGUGAAGGGAAAGGGGAGGGCGGGCGAUAUAUCACCCGGCGAGGAACAAGGACCGUUGAGAAAGUGGCUGGUACCGCUGAAUGCGGGAUUGGCGGCAGUGAUUCUUGUUGCUGGGUUAUUGGGGACGGGGGGUGGGGGGGUGAAAUUAAGUGUUCUUCCGGCACUGGCGUUGGGGGUUGUGGUGACGGUGAAGGUGCAGAUGAGGGGGGUGGAGGCGGAUGUGGAGGAGUUGGAGGGGUUGAGGUAUGGGUAUAAAGGUGCGUGAAGGUGGGGAGGAAGCGAGAGGUGUUUUUAUAGAUAUGCGGUAGUGGUGUACGAAUAGUCACGAGGGUAAUGAAGUUGUAUGAUG